AUGAAUUUACUCCAGAUACUUUCGUCCAUUUUCUUCCCCCAAUUCUUAGCUUUGAUUCAGCAGUUCGAUUGGUUGGGUUAUCAGAACAAGGGUGUGGUGCACGUAAAAAGUCUCAACGAGCGCUUCAACCCCGCGACUGAGUAUCCGAUCCUCAAUUUUGUAGGACUGGUCGAACAACACGGUUACACUGCCGAGGAGCACGUCUUGGUUUCACCUGAUGGUUACAAGCUGACCUUACAUCGAAUCUCCGGGAGCCCCAAGUGCAAAACCACAAAACGCAAGCCUGUGGUAUACCUUCAACAUGGAAUUAUGCUAUCGUCGGAUAGUUGGGUACUCAUUGGUCCAGAAAAGGAUUUAGCGUAUCAGUUGGCUGAUGCUUGCAAGGAUGUGUGGGUGGGCAACGUUCGUGGUAACACGUACUCUGAUAAACACGUCAACUCAAAAAUGUCCGAAACUGAAUUUUGGAAAUUUAGUUAUCACGAAAUGGCGGUAUACGACAUCAAGACAUUUAUUGAUUUUAUCCUUCAGACAACUGGUGAGCCAAAAAUGACAUACAUAGGUUAUUCUAUGGGAACUACCUUGAGUUAUGUCUUCUUGUCAACAUACCCAGAGUAUAACCAAAAGUUCAAUUUAGUACAAAGUUUAGCGCCUGUCGUUUACUGGAAAUAUCCACUACGAAAGAUAGUAGCAUACGUAGACUUAAUUUACCAGCCACUAAUUGCACUGUUAAAUACUUUCCAAGUAAACAAAGUAUUGCCGCAGAGUCCCUUAGCUGCAGCGUUUGGGGCUAAAUUUUGCAAAGACGGAGAUGCUCUUCAAAACUUAUGUACUUCGUUGAUUUCUACAAUUGGACUAGACCCACUCCGACUGAAUCGAGUAAGCAUUCAAUAUCAAAUUUUAUUUAGCUAUAUAAAUCACAAUAUAAAUAUGAGAAAAUAUGGUCAAAAAACACCUCCUGUCUACGACCUAUCCAAAGUAACAGCCCCUGUUUCAAUAUGGUACGCCAAGAAUGACGAUAUCGUCAACUACAAGGACGUCGAGUACCUGAAAACAAAGUUGCCGAACGUUGUGUCUUUCAGUGAGGUGCAUAACGAAAACUUCAACCACUUUGACUUUUUAUGGGCCCGAGACGUGAAAGAACUUGUUUACGAUUACUUGAUUGGAUAUCCAGUACAUUAUUAA